AUGGCUACCCCUAGUGUCCUAGCUUUUGACGCUGAGGGUCGCGCCAUUGAUUUUGAGGUCUGGUUAGACGACCUGCAGCUGUUCUUACAGUGCGACAGGGCUGACGGCCUUUCUCUCUUUGACCUCACCUCUGGCGCCUCUCCUGCUCCUGCUGCUGAUGCUGAUCCCACUGUCCGCUCUCAGUGGGCCACCCGCGAUGCUGCUGCACGUCUUGCUGUGCGUCGCCACCUCCCUACCUCUGAGCGUGCGCACUUUAGUCAGUACAAGAGUGCUCAGACCUUGUACGACGCUGUAGUUGCGCGCUACUCCUCCCCUGCCACUGCUGCACUGAGCCGUCUCAUGCUUCCCUACCUCUUUCCUGACCUCUCUGCCUUUCCCACUGUCGCUGACCUCAUUACGCACCUCCGCACUAGUGACACUCGCUACCGCGCCGCCCUUCCUGCUGAGUUCUGCGCUAAGAACCCCCCCCCCAUGUACAUCGCUCUCUACUACGUAGUCGCGCGCCUCCCUGACUCCCUUCGCGUCGUCAGGGACCACUUUCUCGCAGUCUGUCCCACCACCCUCACCGUCGACCUCCUCGAGAAGGCCCUCCUCGCAGCGGAGAAGAGCAUAGUCGCUACGUCGCUCCUAGCAAGGGCAAGGGGGGCAAGGGCGCGGGUGGAGCUGGAGGGGGCGGUGGCGGUGGCGGCGGUGGCGGCGGAGGGAGUGGGGGUGGCGGCGGGAGCUAGUGGCGGGGGUGGUGGUGGUGGUGGCAGCAGCGGCGGAGACGGUGGUGGUGGUGCCAGCGGUGGUGGUGGAGGCAGCGGCGGAGGUGGAGGCGGCGGAGGUGGAGGCGGUGGAGGCGGCAGCGGAGGAGGCGGUGGUGGUGGAGGAGGGCGGAGCUGGGCUGGUGUAGCGAUCUUUGAUCUUGAUUUUGAUGCUAUCCUUGCUGCUAUGUAUGCUGUGACUUAUAGUGAGGAGAAUGAGGGUUACCGGUGUUUCCAGCCCGACCCGGGCAUUGGUACUGCUGCGCUAGGUGCUUGUGAGGCUGCUGCUCUAGGUGCCAGUGCGUCUGCGCUCUCAGGUACUGGUGAGACUGCGCUCUCAGGUACUGCGUCGUCCUCGUCCUCCCUCACUUUCACACUUGACUCCGAGGCUUCUCGCUCCUUCUUUCGAGACCGCACUACCCUUACGCCGCUCGGCCGGCCGGUUGCAGUCUCCCUUGCUGACCCCUCUGGGGGUCCUGUCCUGUCUCACUUCUCCACUGUCCUCCCGUGUCCGGCUGCCCCUUCGGGCACCCUGUCUGGUCUGUACCUUCCCUCGUUCUCUACGAACUUGGUGAGUGGUGCGGACCUGCAGGAUGUGGGGGUUCACCAGUUCACUCCUGCGAGUCAGCGGGUGACCCACUGCACGGAGGCACGCACAGGCCGACACCUGGCCACGUUCUCGCGUCGGCCGGGGUCGAGUCUCUACACCCUGACCGUUGAGUCUCCUCCUGUCCCUGCGUCUGGACCUUCCUGUGUCCCCUGUGUCGAGGGUCGCCUCCGGGCUACUCCUCACUCCUCCCACUUCCCCCCGACAGAGGCUCCCCUGCAGACGCUUCACAUGGAUGUGUGGGGCCCAGCCCCCGUCCGUGGGCAGGGUCACGAGCGCUACUUCCUGUUGGUGGUUGACGACUACUCGCGUUACACCACAGUCCUCCCCUUGCGCAGCAAGGGUGCGGUCACUGAGGCGGAGAGUUCUCCUUCUCGCCUUCUGCGAGACUACUGUCGUGCACGGGGGAUCCGCCAGACCUUCACGCUUCCGGACUCACCACAGCAAAAUGGGAUUGCUGAGCGCCGCAUUGGCAUGGUCAUGGAUGUCGCUCGUACGUCCAUGAUGCAUGCGGCUGCCCCCCAUUUUCUGUGGCCGUUUGCGGUGAGGUACGCGGCGCAUCAGCUCAACCUUCACCCCCGGGUCUCUCGGCCUGCGAUGUCCCCAGUCUUGCUGUGGACGGGGAAGGUUGGCGAUGCGUCUGUGUUCCGUGUCUGGGGAUCUCGGGCGUUUGUCCGCGACUUGUCUGCGGACAAGCUGUCCCCUCGUGCUGCUCCCUGUGUCUUCCUUGGCUUCCCCACUGACGCCCCAGGGUGGCAGUUUUACCACCCCUCCUCUCGUCGUGUUCUGUCCUCCCAGGACGUCACGUUCGACGAGUCAGUCCCCUUCUACCGUCUCUUCCCCUACCGCACUCCUUCCCUCCCCCCUCCCCCGGACUUCCUUGUGCCGGUUCCCCCCCCGGUAGACCCCCUCCCCCCUCAGGUUCCUGCCCCCUCAGGUGUGUCCCAGGUAGACGCCGUUGACCCGGUCGAGGUUACUGCCUGGGGGUGCUACUGCUGGGGGUGCUGGGCCUGGGGUGCUACUGCGGAGGGUGCGGAGCCUGGGGGUGCUGAGCCGGGGGGUGCUGUGCCUGGAGGUGCUGGGUCUGGGGUGCUGGGUCGGGAGCUGCUGAGCCUGGGGGUGCUGAGCUGGGAGCUGCUGAGCCUGGGGGUGCUGCGUCUGGAGCUGCUGAGCCUGGGGUUUCUCCUGCUGCUGCGUCUCGCCGGGAGCCCCUCUCUCCACAGGAGCUGCGCGAGUGGUUCGCUCGCCGCUGGAGGCGUGCUGCUGAGUCUGGAGGUGCUGCUGGAGCUGGAGCUGGAGCUUCUUCGACCGUCGAGGGUGCGGGUGCUGCCGGUCCCGGAGCUGCUGGACCUGCGGGUCCUCCUGGAGCUGGAGCUGCUGAGGGCGUUGGUGCUGAGCCUACUAGCUGUUGGUCCUGCCGCUGGAGGUGUGGGUGGCGCUGGUGCUGUCGCUGAGGGUGCUGGUGCUGUCCCUGCUGAGUCUGGAGCUGCCGCGCGGCCUCGGCCGUACUUCGUUCCGCUCCUGCAGCAGCGUCGUGAGCCUGCGUCUCGUCCCGCGUCGCCUGUUCGUGCUGCUCGUGCUAGUGGUCGCAGUUCGCGUCAGCGUCCUCCUCCUGUCCCUGGCACGCACCGGAUGUCUCUGCGUCCGUCCACUGCUCCUCUGCGUGCCCCUUUGCCUUCUCCUCCUGAGUCCUCUCUUCCUGCGCUUGCCGACCCUGAGUCGGACUCUCUUCGUGCUGCCAGUCCUACUGUCACGCGUCUGCUUGCUACUGUCGUCACUGACCCCUCUUUUGAGUCCACUGCUGCGUCUGCUCUUGUCGCUGAGCUCGUCGACUUUGCUGCUCGCUGUCGUCUAGACUACGCUGCUAGUCUUGUUGCUGAGUCUGCGUCUGUCUGUCCUCCGUCCGUCGGGGGUGAGUGUGCUCUUGGCACGGACGUCCUAGAGGACAGGCAGGAGGAGUUACAGU